AUGAAACGUCUAUCUCUGCUGCUUUGGUUCAUGCUGCAGUCCUCUGUUCUAGUCGUCUAUGCGCAGACGACUAACGACAUUCGCCAAACUACGAGCGGUUUUGACUGGGACACUGUAUCUAAAGCUCUCCACCUGCAGUAUUCGCCAUGCUACGGAGGAGACUUCCAAUGUGCUCGUCUGGAACUGCCGAUAGAUUACUGGAACGGCACAACAAAUGCCUCAGUAGUGCUGGCUCUAAUUCGCAGACCUGCUGCUGUUCCCAUCACGCAUCCCCAAUAUGGAGGCGCUAUCUUGGUAAACCCCGGUGGACCUGGCGGUAGCGGAGUUGACUUUNUACUGAGGGCGGGACAACAAAUCAGCAAUAUCGUCGACUCGGAAGACGGUAAAUAUUUCGACUUGGUAUCGUUCGAUCCUAGAGGAGUGGGUUAUUCUACACCGGCCAUCUCUUGCUUUGGGAACUCGAUCUUGGAGCAGAGCUGGAACAUUCGGACGUGGGAGGAGGGCACUUUUGACUCUUCUAAUGCUGCUUUGGGACGUAUCUGGGCCAUGUCGCAGGCUAAACGAGGAAGCUGCUCUGUUAUAUUGUCAGGAGAUCAGGCAGAUAUCAGAAAGUAUGCCACGACAGCCUAUGUUGCUCGCGACAUGCUGCAAAUCGUCGAAGAGCAUGGCAAAUGGCGAGAACAAGAGGCCGAACGUCUAUCACGAAAGCAGCACUACUAUCACCCCUCAAUGCAGCAGCAUUUGCCUAACAUCCUCAGAUACGAGCCCGGAGAAGAAAAGCUACAGUAUUGGGGUUUUAGUUACGGCACCUAUCUGGGCAGCACAUUCGCCGCCAUGUAUCCUGACAGAGUCCACCGAAUCAUUCUGGAUGGCGUGGUAGAUGCUGAGAACUACAAACAAUCUCUGUGGUCCAACAACCUGGUCGAUGCAGAAAAAGCCAUGAAUUCAUUCUACCACCACUGCGCACGAGUAGGCUAUCCCUUGUGUGCGUUGGCAAAUCAUACCGGCGACACCAGAGCAACAGACAUCAAACGACGAACAGCGAGUAUUCAAGAGCGUCUACUCGACACCCCUAUCGCCGUCCUCGGUCCUCGUCCAGAGAUCAUCACAUACAGCGAUUUGCGAAUGUUGAUGUUCCUGAGCCUCUACGCGCCACUAAAAGGCUUUCCUCUACUGGCUACAAUCUUGUCGCAAUUGGAAACAGGCAAUGGCACUGACUUCGCACAAAUCCUGCAAAAAUACCAUGUUAUGAGCUGUAACCCAAGCGACGGUGAAAGUCCAGGUAUCCGUGACUUUCCAGACGAUGCUUCAACGGUGAUUGCAUGUAGCGAUGGAGAUGACCAGACCAAUGUCACUCGAUCAGCAUUCGAGCAAUUUGCCAACGAGCUUGUGGAUAUUUCGCCUACGAUUGGUGCGGUUUGGUCUGUGUUGCGUAUGCAUUGUAUACACUACAGUCUGAGGCCUGUGUAUAGGUAUACUGGGCCAUGGCAGGCAGAAACAGCACAUCCACUGCUGUUUAUAGCCAAUACCGCAGAUCCAGUCACGCCCGCGGUGAACGCGCAUACCAUGGCGAAAGGCUUCGACAAUGCCGUUUCACUGGUUCAGGAUUCUGUGGGCCACACUUCGCUGGCUGCGUUUAGUAAUUGUACUGUUCAGUACGUGAGGAGGUACUUCCAGACUGGCGAGCUGCCGGAGGUCAAUACGACGUGUCUUGCUGAUGAGAUACCCUUUGGCUCAUCCAGCGGGACUGGCGUUGGAAAACUUCGGGGAUUUGAUACUGGUGGUGCAGGUCAUGCAGUCAUCGCAGACGCUUUACUGAGGCAUGGUGUAGGCAAACACAUACAUACUAAAGGGGAUAUGUAG